AUGGUUAAUAAUUUUGAUAAUUCGCAACAAGCUUCUGUGGAGAUCUCUCAAGUGCAGUCUCAAGAUUCGGAGCAGGAGAAAAAAGGAGGCAUGGGUGUUUUAUUCUGUGUCCUAACCCUCAUCAGCAUUAGGGUUUCUGGAGGAGUAAUCGGUAUUUCUUACGCUGCUGAGCAUAUUGGAUUCACACUGAUGUUUAUUUUACAAGCUUUAUAUCUCCCUCUCGGAGUGUUGUCUUGCUGGAUGCUGCUGAGAGCGAAGGAUAUCACUGGCAGAGCCUCUUUUUCAGAUCUUGGAAUUUACUCUUAUGGAAAAGCUGGCAUCUAUAUCUUUAACUUCCUAAUAGCUCUUGGCAAUCUCGGUUUCGUCAUAAUUUUCUUGAUAGUUUUUGGUGAUAUUUCUUCAAAUCUAUUACAAAGAUUGGGAGUUGAUGAAAACUCAUUUUGGACAACCAGAUUAUGAACUCAAGGGAGUUUAAGUAUCAUUUUAUUAUAUCUGAUGCUACAGAAAGAAAUACACAACCUCAGAUAUGUAGGACUUGUUCAAUUAUGAAUCUGACUGAUCUUUCUUGUAUCUUUUCUAAUCCAUUCAAUUAAGCGGGAUAAACCUCCUACAUUCGACUUUGAUAUUGCAAAGACAGAUAUAGAUGUAAGGUUCUUUGCCGUUCUUCCUACUCUCUUUACUUCUCACGGAUUUCAGGCUGCCUAUUUCACUGCUUUUUCAUCUUUAAAGAACAAGACGAAUAGAAAUGGGAUGCUCGCAGACUUCUUUGGAAGACUUUCGAUACUUGUGAUUUUUAAUGUGACGAUCUUUAUAGCUGCUGCUCUAUACGGAGAUGAAAUCAAGAAAAAUCUGCUAAAAUCAAUCUCUACAGAAGAUGGGAUUUUACCUGCGCUUUUAGAAACAACAUUUUUAUUUGUUCCUGCACUUGCCAUCCCUGUCAUCUUCUUCCUCGGAAAGGAAGGAGCUUUGAUUAUUUUUGACGAACUUACAAGAAAAAGUUAUUCAAAACAGAAUCUUGUAAAGCAAAAUAAAGAGUCCAGUAAUUCUGAAAUGCAAGAUCUUGAGAAUGUAGCUAAUUCCGAAGGAAGGAGAGAUUCUAAAGCAAAUAGCGAAAGUGAUCAGGCAAAUGAUACUCCUAGCGAGAAUCCUGAUGCCUCCGAUAAGAUAUCAGAAGUGAGAAUAAUAAACCCAAAAGAAUAUUUAAACAUGAAAGGAGUUUACUACUACAUAAUAACUAUCACUUGCUAUGUAGUUGUGCUUACUCUCUCUAUAACUGUGCAAGAUGUAACCUUCUUCUUUGGAGUUGCUGGAUCAACUCUUGGAAGCUUUUCCUUAUGGAUAGGACCAGGAUCGUUUUAUAUCUUAUCCGUCCAUAAAGAGAAGGUAAAGUUGGAAUCAAAACUAGAAAAAUUUACGUAUGUAAGCUCUUUUGCUUAUGUAAUAUUUGGAUUCAUGUGCCUAUUCGGCCUAAACACUUUCGUAAUUCUGAAUAAAUUUUAG